UUUCUGUAUCUUCUUGUACCUUUACUUCGAAUUCCGUGCCGGACUGCUCAAUUUCAUGGAAAGAAAUGGAUGCUCCGCCUGUCUGAGUUAUUUAACGCAUAACUUUCUUUUUGCACUACAAGGCUUAGUGGAACGGCUUCCAGCCAUCAAGAGGGUAAAGAAGCGACCUACGGGAUCACCACGAAGAAAACCGCUGUACGAUCAUGGUCAUGGCCAUAUCGACGAGCCCGGUUACGCACCCUUCAUCAAGGAUUCAGCAGACGUGCCUGUUCGCGUCAAAGUGAUAUCGGCCGAGUGCCACGAGGGGCUGAUGCGCAUCGAGCUGCGCUUCAAUGGCUCUUUCCUGGGCCUAGUAUACAGCACGGACUACGCGCAUGACCCGGACUGCGUGUACGUGAACGGCUCAGGGGGCGCCGCCUACACGCUCGACGUGCGUGCCAACCGCUGCGGCACACUGGGCCGCAGCGACCUGCUAGUCCAGCCGGCGGCGCCUUCGUCAGCCGGAGAGAAGAUGGCGAUGAUGAUGAUGAUAAUGGUGAUGAUGAUAAUGAUGAUGAUAAUGCCUGACCGGAUCAUGUAUUCGCCGUCCUCGGCUCUUCUUCGCGUGCAGGUUCGUGGCCACCAGCUGUGGAACUCGCUGACAGUGCAGUACGACCGCCAGAUCGAGGAUUCGGCCGACGAGAGGUUCCGCGUGACAUGCGAGUACGCCUUCGACUACUGGAAGACGGUCUCCUUCCCGCUGCUCAACGUCGAGGUGAACACGGGCACGGCGGUGGUGUUCACCCUGCCACCACCGCAGUGCAGCAUGGAAGUGCGCCUGGGCUACGGCCUCUCCGGACCCCGGGCCCAGGGACCAGUCACGGUGGGCGACCCGCUCACUCUCGUCAUCACCAUGACAAGCGUGUUGCGUGACGUUGACAUCCUCGUGAGCAACUGCGUGGCCCACAACGGAGCCGACCAGAAACUGCAACUUGUCGAUGUCCACGGGUGCACCCUGCAGGAGCGCCUCCUGAGUGCCUUCCGAGGCUCGCAUUCCACUCGUGCGGAAGGGGGUCAAGAGGUGGCACUGUUUGCCUUCCUCAAGGCCUUCCGCUUCACAGGCAGCCGGGCGCUGUACAUCGAAUGCGACGUCCACAUGUGCCACAGCUCGUGCCCGACGCAGCAGUGCUCGUGGCGCCAGCGCCGGAAGCGAUCAGCUGCGCCCACGCUGGAAGGCAACGACUCGGCGACGCCGUUCGAGACACUCAACUUGUUCCAGGCCCUGGAAGUUCUCCACACUGACGCGGACGCCCAGCAGAGCCUGCCCUACUCCGAUUCCAGCGGCAGCUUGGUCUGCCUCAAGGCGACGGGCUUUGCUGCAGGAGUGGCUCUCAUAUUCCUGAUGAUGUCUUUAUGUUUCGGUCUGUCGGCCUGCACAGUCAUUAAACUCAAGGGAAAGAAGCCGACAAAAUCCGAUCCACUCGAAGAUGACAACCAGCCUCCCGACUACUGAGCUCUCCAAACCAAGCCUGUGGGGAAACAAAGUGACCAAAACGAUGAUGAUAGCCACCGGGCACAGUCGACGCUUUUAUCAGCAAUAUAAAUAUGAUGAAAAUCACUCGCAUGACGGAAACAGAUCGGCCAUGACAUAUGCUCGUAGUUUUGAUCUAAUAAGGCGUCAUGAGCUCAAUGCUGAAUACGGAAAGCGGGGCAGUGGAGUUGUGCGUUGGUAAGCCAAUAAGUUACCAAACUCUUUGCGGGUGGGGUUAUACAAGCCUCAAGAGGCGUGCGCUAAUGGUACAUUCAGCUGAUCGAAAUAAAGCGCUCGAAAGACACGCUGCUGGUCCAUUCAAAACGCUCGAAGUCGCUAUCUCCUUCGACUUGGUAACGCGAGCCGAGCAAGAUCGGGCGGAGCUCCGGUCGCGUGAUUUCUGCAACUUUAGUUGUUGGCAUCGCGUCGGCCACGGCGGUGCCAAAGAGCUUGCGCGUCUUGUUAGUUUACAAAAAAAGCAGUGAUCACCAGUUUCCUGUUCCGUCCUCCACAUCGGCUCCACAUCGUUGCAAUCCGAGUCAGAGCACGGUAGGGACCACUCGAAUGUACCAUAAAAUGUUGCACCAAGUUUAGUCUAUUAAAGUAUUUUUACAAGAU